UGUUGUUUACUGUACUUGUUAUCUUGAACGCACCAUCCAGUGACGGUGACGCUCAAGCCUUUGGAGUUUAAACUUUGUGAAUACCUGCUGCCGUGCAGUCUGCUGACGCGAGCUUAAAGAGCCGCUAGUGUUUGUAGAUACGACGUUAUUUUUCCUAAGAUCUUUCAUGCUUGUUUCCAGGAGAAAGAACAGUAUCACCGUUUACGUUUUGAUGAUGCAUUAUCGUCUUUUCCUGUUUUUUCUGCUGACUUGUUGCGCAGGAGAAUCCUCUGCGCCUGGUUCCCCAGAGCCGGUCCUGGCCUUUGUGAAUGGGGACGUCAUUCUGCCCUGCAGUUUCAGGUUUAAUCCCAGCAAUGACUUUCCAACGGUGGAGUGGACCAAGAAAGGCCUGCAGCCAGACGUCAUCUUCUUGUACCGGGAUGGCUGUGAGACGUAUGAGAUGAAGAACCCGGCCUUCGAGUACAGGACGAGCCUCAUCAUGAAAGAGCUGAAAAAUGGAAACAUCUCGUUAAGGAUCUCCAACGUGCAGCUGUCAGAUGCAGGGACAUACCGCUGCAUGAGGCUCUGGCAGAACGCCCCCUGGGAGACUACGACUGUGGAGCUUACAGUGGUUUCUGAGCAGAAACCCUCAGUGUCUUCAGCUGAACAUACAGGAGUGACUCUUCGGUGUGAGGCGGACUGCUGGCUGCCGGAGUCUGAGAUCACAUUUGUGGAUGAUCAGGGAAACAACAUCCCUGCUGAAGCCCCAAAAAGAGAUCAAGAUGCCAGAGGGUGUUACACUGUGACGCAAAGAGUGACUCUCCAGCAUCCUACCAACAGGGUCACCUGCAUAGUUCACCAGCCAGAGAUCAACCAGACCAGGGACACUCAGAUCCUCAUACCAGAUGACUAUGUAUGUUCCUGCUCCCUAAUGACUGCCAUCGCUGUUGGAGAGGCCAUUUUACUUCUGUCUGCAAUAUUAUGUGGAUUAGCUGUGAUGUUACGGAAGAGAUGUGGCAGAUCUGUGGAAGGAAAAAAACAGUCGUCGGGUCACAGUACAUUCACUGGUACCCCUGGAAAUGAACCACUUCUGAGUGUGGGUGCUGACAACGUGGCAAACAGCAGCAUUGAGAGGCUGACAAGAGAGCUGGAUGACCUCAAGUCAAAGCUUCAUGAGAGAGAGGAGACCAUCCGCCAACUACAGCGCAAAUUAAAAUCUCACCCAUGUUCUGUUAUUUGCCAGCUUGAACAGCCAACGAUUGUCUGCAGUCCUGCAGCGUCGGCCGACUGCAGCCCUCCAAUAUCUGACAGCUUACCCCAGAAUCAGGGUCCGACGCCGAGCAUCUCACGACCAAACAGUAAUCCACAAACUGCCCGCCCAAUCUCUGGAAAGCGUCGCAACAACUGCAGCCCCGCUGUUUUGGACUUUGGUAUUCCAGCGUCGUACGGUUCUUUUUCAGCAAACACUUCAAAGAAAAAGCUCAGUCGUUCCAUAAGUGAGCCCAGUGCUCAGCCUCGUCCAAACCAUCCCAAGCUUCAGCGCAGACAUUCCUUAACGCUUCCAUCCCCAACCCUGCACCGUAACCGCUUCACCCCCCUGGAGGGUUUAACAGAGGAAUCAGAGCCAUUAAUUUCAUCAAAAAAGAGCACACAUCAGUUAAAAUCAAGCAAAUAAAAACAAAACUAUCUGCAUGGUCAGAUACAACCAGCAGUAAGGGAGGUGUGAUGUUUGUAAUUCAACGGUGAACUGAUUCUUUAACACCUCUGUCAUAAUUUUCAUGAAACAUGGUUGUCUAUAUGAAAAUAAGCUCUCCCUUAUCCUUCAUCCCUGUUAGAUUCUUUCCAACAGCUCAGGUGUGAAGUUGAAAUCAUUUGUAUUAAACUAGCAGACCUUUGCGUCAUCAUUUCUGUUGCUAACUUGAUAUUUCAUAUUAAAAAACGCUUUUAUUAGGGCCCGGGUAUUUAUUUUUUUGUUCAAGCUAGCUUGGUUUGUAAGGUGGAUCUGUAGGCUACUACACGUUACCUGCUGGUUAAGAGUGUCUCUUAAACAACCUGCCUCUUAUGGAGAGUACGUCUAUAUGAAAAUCUUUGGAAGUGGCACAAACAGGAAAGGAAAGCGGACAAGUAGAUGAAAAGUUUUUUUUUUGUCCUCUUGAAACUUUCAGGGUUGUUCCCCAGUCUGAUGCAUUUGUCUGUGUGCAGCUGCAUCUUUCUGCUUUCUACAAAUGUUAAGCAUAUUUUUAUUUUAAAAAAUGUAUUGCAUCUUGUAAUGUCUUAUAAUAAGAUUUGAU